GCCCAUAGUCAUAACGCCUCCGUACAUACGAUGCCCAAGGAGACGACCGUCGUGGCCCUGCCCACCGCGCAGCAUCUCGUCACGUCGGCGCUUGCUUCUUCGUUCUUCUCCCAUGGCGACCCCGAAUACGAGCCGGCGCGGCGCGACCAAAUGCGGCAGAGCUGCAAGCGCGUGCGGACGUGGCGCGCUGCGGUCGUCAACCCGCUCCUCCAGCACAAGACGCGGCCCGAGAGCGGCGUCGGGAAGAAGACGAAGGAACGCCGAGUCCAUAUUGCGGUGCUUCUCUCGUCGAUCCUCGAGGCAUACGAGACGUGCGUCGUGCACUACGCGGAGACGAUCGGCAAAGAAUCGUUUGCAGAGUACUAUGCCAACGCGAUCCUGCAGCGGUCGACGAGCCGGAAGCACGGACUCGAACUCCUGCAAGCGACGAUCGCGUCGCUCGUGCACACAACGACGCACCCGCGCAUUCGGUGCUUUGCCAACCUCGUUGGCGUCACCGAUCCCUUCAACCCGAAAGAAAAAACGACCCUCUUCUUGCGCGUCAUCGAGCGCAUGUACCGGCUCAAGACCAACGACGCUGCCAAGGGCCUCGCGACCUACGACGACAUUGCAUCGGUCGCGUGCGUGGUCUUUCACAGCAUUGGGUUUGGCCAAGCCGCCGCGCGCCGCGUCGUGCGCGACCUCUUCCAUGAACCCGACCCCUACUGGACGUUCGAGUACCUUGCGCCAACGUGCGCCGAGCUGCAGGUGGAGCGCGGGUGGCCAGCGGGUGCCGAGGCCGACCUCCUCGAGCAAGUCAGUCGCCUCAGCUCGUCGAUGCGCAACGCGAACGGGACGCGCAAAGUCGACGGCGACGCGUUCCUCGAGCUCAUCCUUGGCGCGUGGAACCACCAAGCGCAGCAGCUGUAUCUCGACCUUGACCGCGCGUGCAACAUGGAAGAAGCCACCCUUGCGGCGGCCAUCGAUGCGACGCGGCAGCAGUGUUAUGACCGGGCCAACAUCCCCCCCGCGACCGCGGACGAAGAAGCCAUCUUUCAUCAACUGCUCUCAAGGCACUGGCUCGCCGACGUCGACUUGAACGGUGUGGGGCACGCAUGGCACCGGCCGUUGCGCGACGUGCAGCGACUCUACGCGAGCUACCGCGAGACGCAAGCCGCGCAUAGCGGCAAGAAGCCGUGGGACUGGGAGGCGUGGCGAUGGGAAGCCGACUGGGAUUGGGGUGGCUUGAUUGCUGCAGUGCACCAUGUCGACGAGAACGCGCCCGUGCUUCAUGCGUCGCCGCUGCCGCUGACCAAUGACUCGGGCAUCUUGGACCUUGCCGAGUGCAUGCUGGGCGAUCGCAAUAUGCAGAAGAUGGGCCAAUUCCUCCAGCUACCGACGCGCAAGCUGCACACGCUCCGCGUCCGCGGCAACGACGUCCGCGACAAGGGCUGCGAGGCCAUCGUCCACGCGGUUCACAGCAGCCAACCGAGCGUGCUCGAGCUCGAUUUGUCCGAUAACGCCAUCGGCGCCAUUGGUGCCCGCGCGCUCCGCGACGUCCUUUCGUCGAAAACGUGUCGCCUUCAAGUGCUCUGCCUCGACAACAACAAGCUCGGCAACCUUGUCGGCAAGGCGCUCAUGGAGGACAUUGCGUCGUCGAAUCGGUCCCUGCGAACGCUCUCGCUGCGCCGGAACGAGCUCAGCUGCGGCCACGCGGUCGCCCACCUUCUCCGCGUGCACCCGACCAUCAAGCGCUUGGAUUUAUCGUGGAACAUCUUUCGUGGACUGCACAUCGUGCCCAUGGCAGCGGCGCUCACCGACAACGGGACGCUGAACGAGCUGGUCUUGAGCUACAACGCGGCGGGGGACAUGGGCUUUGCAGCGCUCACCAAGGCACUUGGGACCAACAAGGUGCUACGGCACCUCGACGUGGGUCAUAAUAACGUGCUCGCGAUCCUCGACAUGAAGCAGUUGCUCAAGGCGCUGUCGCACCACGCUUCGCUCGAGACGCUCGUGCUCUGCGGCAACCCGCUGGGGUGUAGUGUCGUGGCGACGCUGGAAAAAGACACGGCGGGCAGUCGCGUGCACGUGCACAUGAGCGGCUGCUCGCACCUCUCGAGCUCGACGUACCAACUGCCGGGCGCGCAAUAA